AUGUGGCUGGUUCUUCUCUUCUUGGUCUUCCCUUUAUCACAAGGCAUUUCAAAUGUAGAUGACUUCUUACCGGUCGAGAGAGACGCAUUGAUAGAGCUAAGGGAAACUCUCAACUCUACGAUAAACCUCCACUCGAUAUGGACUGGACCCCCUUGUAUCAAGAACCAUAGCCGGUGGUUCGGGAUAAAUUGCUUGAACUGGCACGUUACGUCUCUAGUACUCGAAGGUGUGCAGCUCUCCGGCUCCUUAAAACCAGAUUCAUUCAAGAACCUCACAGCUUUAAGAAGACUCAGCUUCAAGAACAACUCUCUCUUUGGAACUCUCCCUAAUUUUUCAAACCACCCCUACCUCCAAUUCCUUCAAUUAUCUGAUAACCAAUUCUCUGGUCCCAUUCCUGGAAACUUUGCCGAGAUUCCACAGCUUUUUGAGCUACAAAUGGAGGGGAAUUCCCUAAAUGGAACGAUACCACCAUUUAAUCAGAGGACCCUCAAAAUCUUCAAUGUGUCAAACAAUUUGCUAGAGGGUCAGAUUCCAGGGACCCCGGUUCUUCAAUCAUUUCCUGUGAGUAGCUUUGUGGGAAAUCCCGGGCUUUGCGGGAAGCCUUUGUAUGAAACCUGUACUCCUUCUGCCCCAACAAUUCCCAUAACGGCUCCUCCUCUUUCUCCUUCCCUCCCUGGUCCACCUACUCCGUUUGUGCCUCCUUCGGAAGGACCGUCGAAGAGCUUCGAGGUAUGGGGAAUUGUUUUGAUUGUGGUCGCUGCAACGUUGGUUCCUUUGAGUGUGAUGCUUGUGUUCUUCUGCUAUUAUGGAAGGAUAUACCGAAAGAAAUCGUAUGGUGAAGAACAAGGGGAUUUGCCAAGGAAAGGAGAAGCAAAUUCUUCAAAGAGCAGUGGGGGGUGGGUGAACCCAGAGAAGGCAGUGGUGAUGGAGUUCUUCAACCAAGAAAGGCCGAUCUUCGAUCUAGACGAUCUGUUGCGAGCAUCUGCUGAAAUCAUGGGGAGGGGUAAGCUUGGAACAACAUACAAGGCAAUGCUAGAGACAGGUAGCACAGUAGUGGUGAAGAGAUUAAAGGAUAUGAAUGGCCUAAGCAAGAAGGAAUUCUUUCAACAAAUGCAGCUUCUAGGGAGGCUAAGCCACCCCAACCUUGUGGAGAUAAUCUCUUUCUAUUACUCCCAAGAUGAGAAGCUUGUAGUCUAUGAGUACCUCCCUAAUGGAAGCUUGUUUGAUCUUCUCCAUGGUAACAGAGGACCAGGACGCGUCCCUCUUCAAUGGGAGGAUCGUCUAAGGAUGGCAAAAGGCAUAGCCAAGGGCUUAGCCUACCUCCACCAAGCUUGCUCCUCCCACCGCCUCCCCCAUGCCAACCUCAAAUCCUCGAACAUCCUCCUCGCCCCCGACUACACCCCUAAGCUCACCGACCACGGUUUCGACCCCCUCCUCCCUUCUCGUAGAGCGUUUGACAAGCUAGCAGCUAGCAAGGCCCCCGAAAACGCAAAGUCCAAGAGACUCACCAACAAAACCGAUGUCUGGUGCUUCGGCAUUGUCUUACUCGAGUUAAUAUCCGGUCGAGUUCCUGGGCAGUUUACACUAGGCAACGAAAUUUCUAGUGAGGACGACUUGCCUGAAUGGGUUAGAUCAGUAGUUAACGAAGACUGGUCCACUGAUAUACUUGAUUUGGAGAUUUUGAAUGCAAAGAACGGGCAUGGAGAGAUGUUGAAGUUGACACAAAUUGCUCUUGAUUGCACGGUUUCGGCACUAGAGAAGAGGCCCAAGAUGGCUGAGGUUGUGAAGAGGAUAGAGGAGAUUCAGGAGGGCAAGGAAGGAGAAGGAGAGGCCCAAGACCAAGCCCAAUCUCGUUCUAGAGGUGGCCAAGGCAGUCAACAAUAAGACAUGAGAGAUGUUCGUGUAUUUGUUUUGGGGUUGUUAUUUAUUUUUUGUACAAGAAAGUCACAAUUAUUUAUAAAUUAUAACCAUAUGAUGUGAAAUUUGAUAGUUUGGGUGUAUCAAAGUUCAAAAUUUUUGAACUUUGAGUUUGGUCAAUGGAAUAAAUCCAACCACCCAAAUUCAUAUCUAAUGGUCAAGAUUAAUUGUGACCACCUUGUGCCUAAGGUAAAUAGCCUUUGUAUACUUUUCCAUUUGUUUUUGGGAGUGAAUAAUGUAGAACCCAUUAUUUUCA